GUGAGCAACAGCUAAGGCUGCCUCCUAGCCCCCAGCAACCCUCGGAGCACAGCUGGGUGCCGAAAUCCAAGCUCCUGUGGCUACUGUCACUGUGGUGCUUCUAGCCUCCUGCUGAGAAGAACACGGAGUCCACCGGGAUGGCCACCUACAAGAGUUUGCUGUUGCUGCUGCUCUUGGGCCAGUCCUGGGCAGGGGCUGGAGCUCACACCGAGGCUGUGGUGUGCGCAGGGACUGCCUGCUACACGGCUCACUGGGGCAAGCUGAGUGCCGAUGAGGCACAGCAUCGCUGCAAUGAGAAUGGAGGCAACCUGGCCACGGUGAAGAGCGAGGAGGAGGCCCGGCACAUCCAGCAAGCGCUGGCCCAGCUCCUGAGGUCCAAGGCACCCCUGGAAGCAAAGAUGGGCAAGUUCUGGAUCGGGCUCCAGCGAGAAAGGGGCAAGUGCUUGCACCCCAACAUGACGCUGAAGGGCUUCAGCUGGGUGGGUGGUGGAGAAGACACGCCUUACGCAAACUGGCUGAAAGAGUUCAAGUCCUCUUGCGUCUCCAAGCGCUGUGUGUCCCUGCAGCUGGACCUGUCCCUGACGCCCCACCCCAGCAACCUCCCCAAGUGGUCUGAUGGCCCCUGUGGGGGUGCAGCCACUCCACGAAACAGCAUUGAUGGUUUUGUGUGCAAGUUCAGCUUCCAAGGGAUGUGCCAGCCGCUGGCUCUUGGGGGCCCAGGUCAGGUAACCUAUACCACCCCCUUUCAGGCUACUACCUCCUCCUUGGAGAUUGUGCCCUUUGCCUCUGCAGCCAAUGUGGUCUGUGAGGAUGAGGCCGACAGUAAGAGUCAUUAUUUCCUGUGCAAGGAAAAGGCCUCUGGUGUGUUUGACUGGAGCAGCUCAGGCCCCCUCUGCAUAAGCCCUAAGUUCGGCUGCAACUUCAACAAUGGUGGCUGCCAGCAGGACUGCUUCGAAGGUGGAGAUGGCUCCUUCCGCUGUGGCUGCCGGCCUGGAUUCCGGCUGCUGGACGACCUAGUGACCUGUGCCUCCCGGAAUCCUUGCAGCUCCAGCCCGUGCAAAGGGGAGGCCACAUGUGUCCCUGGACCCCCUGGGAAAAGCUACAUAUGCCGCUGUCCCCAUGGCUAUCAGCUGGACUCGAGUCAGUUGGGCUGUGUGGAUGUAGAUGAGUGUCAGGACUCACCUUGUGCCCAGGACUGUGUCAACACCCCUGGGAGCUUCCACUGUGAAUGUUGGAUGGGUUACAAGCCUGGUGGUGUGAAAGAGGAGGCCUGUUUGGAUGUGGAUGAGUGCGCCCUUGGCCAUUCGCUCUGCGCCCAGAACUGCAUCAACACCGAUGGCUCCUUCCACUGCUCUUGCGAGGAGGGUUAUGUCUUGUCUGGGGAGGACGGUACCCAGUGUGAGGAUGUGGAUGAGUGUUUGGGUCCCAGGGGCAAUUCGUGUGAGGGCUUGUGCUUCAACACUGAGGGGUCCUUCCGCUGUGGUUGCCUGCCGGGCUUGGAGCUGGCCUCCAAUGGAGUCUCUUGUGUCGUGGCUCCUGUGUUCUUAGUACCUCCAGCUGGGCCUCUCUCAGAGAAGGAUGAGGGAGACAACAAGGAGGGGAGCACCAUGCCUCCUGCUGCAACACCCACUCCUCCCACUAGGGGCUCUGAGGGCAUCUCCAAGGGACCACCGACCACGAGAAGACCCUCUCUACCAUCCAGUGUCCCCACCACCUCUGCCUCACUCCACAUGUUGGCCUCCAGUGGGUCCCCUGCUGUUUGGACAGAGCUGGGCACCCAUCUACCCAUGACUGCCAGCCAUGGCAACCCUACAGGUGAAGAUUCCAUGGUAGACAAGGAUUCCGUGGCCACACAAAGCGACGAUGGCUCUGAUGGACAAAAGCUACUCCUAUUCUACAUCCUGGGCACCGUAGUGGCCAUCUCACUCCUGCUGGCUCUUGCUCUAGGGCUUCUGGUUUAUCGCAAGCGGAGAGCCAAGAAGGAGGAGAUAAAGGAGAAGAAGAAGCCUCAGAGUGCGGCUGACGGUUACUCCUGGGUCCCAGACCGACCAGAGAGCCGAGCCAUGGAAAAUCAAUACAGUCCAACACCUGGAACAGACUGCUGAAGGUGAGGUGGCCUCAGAGACACCUACAACCAGCUGCCACCAUCCUUGGAACUUUAAACUCCCCAUCCAAAGGGGAGACUCAUAUCCUUCUGAAAGAUUGGACUAGAAUCUUAGCAAACAGUCGUACACCUUUUCUUUAAGAGCCUGGUGGCUUGGAAUGCACAGUUAUUUUGCAUGUGCUUGUGACAUUCCUGAAGUGGAUGCUCUGUGUUGGCCACCCACUUUGGGAAUUUUGUGACUAUUAAUGGUUCUCACUCAAAUUGCCCUUUUCAAAUUCAAAUGUGACUGAUUUUAUUUCUUCCCUGGUUCUGGAUCAGGGCAUGAGGAACCAGUUGCCACCUGGCUCCUUUUUGAACAGCUUCUCUGGACUCUUCAUCCAUCUAAGAUUAAACAGUGACUGCUGAUGUUAAAUCGAGGUUGCAAUGAUUUGCUCCUCUUCAUAGGCUAGAAAUGAAGUCUAUUAACCAUUUAAUUAUAUGAGAAGUUCUUUUUUUCUCCCCAAAAGGAACAUAUUCAGUCCCAAAUCCAUUUCUCUACAUUUGUGUAUUUCUCCGUCAAUCUUCCUCAGUAUUGUUGAUGUACUCCGGGAAUGAGAGGAAGUACAAAUAAUUACUUAGGUAGUAACAGCCCCUAGUUCUUAAGUGUCUAAUAGUCUUAGGUUAUCUGCAAGUGAAGAUGGAAAAAUAUGAGAAAAGUUGCUUGAAUCCAGUGAAAGUUAUUGUUGAGAACAUAGAAUUUACAGGAAGAGAGAGAGAGAGAGAUGCUAGGGAUUUGUUUUAUAAAUAUUUGUAUUAAUUUAUCCGAAUGGACUGAUGUUAACACAACUUGGCUAGUGACAAAAUCAACAAGGACAAUUUUUCUGAGAGCAAGCAUGGCCCCAGGCACCACCCCCUGCACAAGUUCAGAUUACCCUGGGUUCCCAUGCUUUGACUGUAGAUGGAGGAAGCCUCAGAAGUCUUUCAUUCUAAUUGUAUCGAAAGGAUGUGAGUGAGAUGAUAGGCUGUGUUUUGAAAACUGUCGUUUUAAAGCAUUUUAGCACAGUUCACAGUCAAGAGUGCAUUUGGAGAACUUGCAGGUGUGGCGUAAUGAUCCAGUCAGGAAUUAGUCACACAGGAUGCUGAAGGAGCUUUGUCCCUGCACUUCUUUCUCUUUUUCUUAAAAGAGGGAGGUAGGAAGGAAAGGGAGAGGGAAAGAGACAAUAACUAAAACCUUUUAUUAUAGCAAAAACUGCUCAUGGCCCUUUUAAUUCGUAUCCUCAUUUCAAAGCAUGUAUUGCCUGUUGUGGAUGAUAGCACUCUCUCCUGCUGCAUAGCUCUGUCUGGAGCACUGGGAAGCGACCCAGGAUUGUCAUCUGAGUGUGGUUGAGAGGCCUCAGGUCUCCUGCGGCUUCCUGUUGUUUGCUGCCUUAUGUGGGAGAGCAGAAGUAAGGAAAUGUAUCUCCAUCUCAGGAUUCCAAAGUCUUUGUUUCUCAGAAGAGGGCCCGCCCUGUUGUUUCUCGUUUCAAAUGCAUCCAUCUGAGGAUGACUCUCUGGGUAGGGUAGGGGGAGGCCUUCAGAGUUAAAUAAAUAUCCUUUCUUACCUUUAAAACUUACAGGUUAUAGUUCAGAUGUGUUUUGGUUUUCAAGAAAAUAGAAAAUUCAAGGUUGUGGGGGCGAUAGGAAAGAUGAAGACUUUGAGAGGCUCAGCGGGGGUGUUUGAACUUUCUGCUUUUUAAUGCUGACUCAUAAUCUUCAUAUCUAAGUUGGAUUUCUGGUGUUCAGCACUUAAGGACGAUCAGGGCUGUGAUGAUUUGGUAAGAACUCUGUUGGCCACAGAGCGCUUCUCUCCCUGCUCCCUCCCCCCCCCCUCCUGUGAAGACUGGCCCCAUUGCAUGGGAGCCAUCAUUGGUCAUUCAGAUGAUUUUAGAGACAUGGCAAUAUUUGCAUUUAAAUGAAAUAAACACCUUUAUAUCCAGGCUUUUAGACUUCUUACCUUCAUCGUUUGGGGUAGGGAAAAUAGACCUAUUCUUGUUUCCUAUAGCCCCUGCAUGGUCUGAGUAUAGACCUUGUGGUCCUUGAAUUAGCCAAGGUCACUUGGGGUCCUCUUGUUUUCACAGCAUUCUGAUUCCUCACACAGCCCAUCCUAUUUUUCUGGUCUAUGAUCCAGUUUUGCUGUAGGUGGCAACAUGCAACCCACCCCUCAACACCAGGGACACCCAUGGAGUCCCAUUGUGAGACCUACAAGAAGUGAGUGGGUUGAUAAGGAUGACAGUUUCUCAAAGUUACCUCAAUAGUGUCAGCUUCUUCCCACUAUAAGCAGAGCUCUGUAACCUGCUGUCAAGGCCACUACAAGCAGCCAACAUCCUGGAACUGGGUGACCUCAGUGAAGCUGUUAAAAUCCAGGCUUCAAGCAAAUGAUUUAUUCUCAUGGCUAUUUCUGCUUCCUCUUGUUUGAGGUAUGGGGCAUCCUUGCUUUGGGAAGCUUAGAGGCCCCAGCAGUGGAAAAACAAAUGCUCACCAGCCAAACAGCUGUCCUUUAUCCAGGGGGACCCAGGUCGCUGAAUCAGGGCCCAGCCAGAGAAAUCAGUGGGACAGUAGCAGAAUUAGCCUGCCCAUGGGGACAAAAAGAGUUUCACUUGUCAGCAUUCUCCAAGACAAUGGAGGGGCUUUCCUUUCCUUUCCUUCCCUUCCCUCUUUCUUUUUUUUUUUUUUUUUAACAAAAUAGGAUUUUCCUUGUCUCAGAAAUUCUGAAACAUUCCUGGAAAAACUGUAUUUAGGACAAAUUUACUCUCUCCCAUCUGUCACCUUCCAAAGCAUAUAAUUUAAAGGCAUCCUCUCUCAAGCAUGAAGCUCUCUAUGGUCACUCAUUCCUGAAUUUCAGGUGACCACCAUUGUUCUUUCUUUCUUGUUCAUUAUUGAACAAGAGGAAAAUUUCCAAGUAAUCUGAGCAGUGAAGGGGAGAUCAAUUACCCAGAGAUGCCUUAGUUGGGACUCCAUGAGUGCUCUGUAACAGCCUUGGUUUUGCCUAGAAUUUAUCUUGGCUGUUUGUGAGGCAAAAUCAGGGGUAUCUGGUUCCUGCCCUUGGUUGUUCACACAUCUAAUCAUCAUUGUCGGCAUCACCAUCACCCUGCAUCCCCAUGCCACUUUUCUCAGCAGCAGUAACUGGAUGAAAUACACUAGGCUCUGACAGAAGACAGAAGGGAAGCAGGCCAGCUCACUGCCAGCCUUGCAAGACCCUCUUAUUCAGUGACAGACAAGCAAACCUCCUGGAAUGUCCAUCCUGACAUCUUUCACUAACCAGGCAAAAAUGUGGAAUAAAAAGUUAAACAUUUGUGUAUGUGUGUGUUUGUGAACCUUGUGCAGGGUAAAAUGCAUUGGAAAUGAAUUUUUUUCUCCUAAAGUGUCCAUUCUCUUUUAAUUCUUAACCAUGCACCCUUGCCAGGCAAUAUUGUCA